AUGGCCUCGGGUGCGGGAGGGGCCCCCUCAACCGUGAUAAAUCGAGAAGGAAUGUGGAAUUCCGAAAUUCUGACCAAUAGAAUUUGGGGACCUCGAAAUGAGAUUUUCACCGCGAUCUCGGGUGUUUUUCUCCUCUUCGCCACAAACGCCAUCUUUUCGGAUGCCCUGAAGCAUGCUCUGUCAAAACGUCCCUUGAGCGAAAUCUCGCUAGCGGCAACGAUUGGGCUGUUAUGGGCCUCCGAAGAGAAAGGAUUCGAAAGGAUCCAGGCACGAACGGUUGAACAAAAUUCUCGGUCGGUAAUGAAAGUUACUUCGAAAGAAGGCAAUUUACCGGCUGAAGAGAUAAAAAGGAACGGACUUACCGACCGGGGAGGACCGCCUAAAUAUCCACGAGGAGGAUUGACACCCGUACGGGUGAACAAUGAACAGCCCCCGGAGAUAACCCGACAUUUACUUGCAGGUCGGGAAUCUUCGGAUCAGGCGAGUAGGGAGUUGAGUGCAAUUCUCGCACUCCACAACGACGUCGGGCUGAAUUUUAUUCAACCCGACACACUGGACCUCGGCGUGGAGCCGAUGGAGGUGGAGGAGGGAUCAGUGGUACACACCGGGAUCCCAACCUCUCCACCAAAGGAGGUUCCUCGGGUGAAAGACCCCGAGACCGCCACAAAAGCUCGGGUGGAAGACCCCGAGGCGGAAAAAACCACGGGAAAGGCCAAACAGAAGGCUUUGGCGAGGAGUCUCGCGGCAGUUCUGUCGGAGAACCCCGAGUUGAUGGCUGCUGUCCUCAAACAGUUGCCAAAAGUCAACCCGGGGCCCUCCACGUCAGGUGUGUCGCGUCCCCCUCUCCAAAGCAGGGCCAAGAAGGAGGGUGCAAUACCCCUCAACCCCUUCGUGAGGGCUCGCGGGCGAGAUACCCCCGUGAAACCUCCUCCGAAGAGGAUGAUACCCACCCCCCCUGGACCGUGCCCCAAGGACGAGGCGACAAAAGCCACAACUAAGAAGUCCCGUCCAGAGGCAAAGGAGGGAAAGAAGGGUUUCAGGGUGAAAACCCCUGGCCAAAAUGUUCCCAGUGUUGCGGCAAAGCCAGUGAGACUGGAUUUGUCGCAACAUGGGGGUGAAGGACCUACAGGGGCGGUUGGGGUGAAAAUCCCCAAACGUAAAGCCCCUGGAGGCGAGAGGAUGGAGCAACCCUCCCCUCUCGUCGACGACACCCCCCAGGAGACAAAAGGGAGCGGUGAGGUCCCUCGACUUCCUGCUCCAGCACGGCUGUGCUGGAACUGCAGGAGGGAAGGGCACAGGGACAGAGAGUGUCCUGAGCCCUACAGGCCUCACUGUCGAAAGUGUGGACGGCCUUGCCCGGGACCGUAUUGCCAUCGGUGCAACGCCGAACACGAGGCCCUGGGCAAAUGGUGUCCCCAGAUCGGGCAGUUCGUGCCUCGCCCAAUCCUGGACACCCUUCGCCAACAGUCCAGGCACGAAAUGCGGGCUGAGAGACAGGCCAGAAGGUAUGAGGAGGAGAGACCCUCCCCAUACGGAAAGAGGGGUGAAAGACCCCCAAUGAGGCCGAAGAUGCCACCCCGUCCGACAGGUGGUCAGCCAUACGUGGCCACGGGCGAAAGGCUCGUGGUACAGAGGCAGGAAAGGGAUGAAAGAAACCCUUUUCACGGCAGAGGCAAACCAACCCCUCAGCCCCAGGACAGAGUAGAGAGGUACUCUGAGGGGAGGGAGUGGAGGAAAAGGCCCACCAAAGUCCGGAGGAAGGAGGAAGGGACAAGCUCCGAGCAGCCGGACGACGAGGUCGAGGCCGAGGAGACGGCUAUGGGAGAGGCCAAAUUAUGGGCCGAAAUGGAGGAAGAGGAUUCCACCUGA